CGUAAGCGGCGAAAGCGCUAGACUCUUGAUCGAAAAAGCCAGCAUACGGAUACUACCGAUUUUAUUUCGAAGAGGUUAUCCGACUGCAUCAUGUUUUUGUUUGAGGCCGACUCACAGCUGGACUGCAUGGGUAGCCUGUUUGAGGUCGGAUACGCAGUCAAUUCUGGCGGGGACGAUUCAGGCCAAUCUCCUGCGCAUUUGGCUGCAUGCGGUGGGGAUGCGUUUUGCUUACUCUGGCUUCUACAAACAGGAGCAGAUCCAAACCAACAGGAUGUCUUCGGGGAGACGCCUGUUCAUAAAGCUGCCAGAGCCGGGAGCCUGGAGUGCAUCAGCGUUCUGACGGCCAGUGAUGCGCAACUUGAGAUAUGUAACAACGAGGGAAAGACCGCUGAAGACUUGGCAUGGUUCUACAACUUCGCGGAGUGUGGAAGGUUCUUGAGUACGCUUCGCGAGACGAGGCAUAUGAAAAGCGGUGGGUCGAUACCGGUGGCGCCCACUGAGCGUAGCAACCUUAGCUGCACGCUGGCAGGUCAGAAACGAGGAUGGGUGAGCGCGGACGCUCAAGACGGAAAGAAGGCUAAAGACUGGUGAAAAACGUUACGACUAUGCGAAUGUCCGACUUCAGGAAGACUGACGACGUUAACGUCCAUCAAAUCCGGAUUCUAGCUCUGUUACGUGUUUUGUGCCACCUUCUGACAGUGGGAACUGUUAACGAGACUGAAGGGUCGAGAGAAUGUACUAAAUCGCGUGACAGAACCGUCGCUGAGAAUGAUGGGGACGCACAAGUUGUGUGAAAACAGAGACUUACCCUGCCCUUUGAGUUACAAAAAUUCAGUAUAUGGAGUGCUCUGAUUCAGACUGCAGACCUCAAGUCUGACUCUCGUGAAAUACUGUAAAUUAGGCAUUUCAAGGAAACGACAAGCACUACUGUAUCAGUGUAUGAGUGAAACAUAUUGACCGGCAAGCGGAACUGUUUCACAUGAAUUAUUUUUUUUUACUUUUUUUUAAACAUCCUGUGACAUUUUCAUACUGAUUUUUUGUAUAGCGUAUGGUUAAUUACAUUUUUUUAUAUGUAUUAGAGUCCACUGUGUGAAAACGUUUGUGUAAUGUAAGUCACUGCUGACAGUGGACAUUAAAAAGAAAAAAGAAAAAAAAAAAACCAAAAAAUGAGAAAUGAGAAAUGGUGUUGUCAUUCACUGUGCAUGAGAACUGAACCAGGAACCUUUCAAGGAACCACAGACCCAUGUUACACAUUUGACUCAACCUUUGUGUAAUUCAAAGGUC